AUGAGUCGUCGCGAAGGCUGGCUCGUCAAGCAAGGCGGCGCCAUCAAGACGUGGAAGAAGCGCUGGUGCGUGCUGAUCAACGAGCUCAAUGUGGCGAGCCCAGACAAGCCGCUGUGGGCGCUCAAGUACUACAAGUCCAACGAUCGCGCAGAGUGUAUGGGAACCAUCUCGCUCUCAGACGUCAAAUCCGUCGGACGAGGCGAUGCGGAGACAAAGCGCCCAUACUGCAUUGCGCUCACAACGCCAGGUCGGACGUACAUGCUCCUCGCUGCCAACGAACGAGAACUCACCUCUUGGACGGAGGCAUUCGCUGCGUGCUUGAAAGAACUCAACCCAUCUGCAACAGUCGACCUCACCGCAGCCGGCCUCGGCCACGACACUGCCGUCGCUGGAUCGAGCGCAAACAACGACGACCUGUUCAAUCCGCCAGCAGCGUCGUCAUCUAGUAGCAUCUCUGCAACAGCAGCAACAUCGCCUUCGGCUGCAAUGAGCACGGCGGCAGCGACUGGCACAUUUUCUUCCUCAUCGGCAUCGACAACCUCCUCCUCCUCCUCCGGCUCUACACCCUUGCCACCACUCGACACAGCCCUCAUCAAGGGCUGGCUGCAAAAAAAGAAGGACGGCAAAAACUGGAAGCGACGAUGGUGCGUGCUCUUCCCCCGCAAACUGGCCUACUUCAAAUCGGACGCAACGUACGCCGAGCCGCUGGGCGUCAUUUCGCUCGACAAAACACAGUCUCUGUUUGAGGACGCCGAUCGCGAAACCAAGCGACCUCACGCGUUCAAGGUGACGAGCGGCGACACGACGUACUUUUUCACUGCAGACACGGUGCACGACCGAGACUUGUGGCUCUCGUUGCUGAACGGCAUGUUUGAGGAUGAUGUGCCGCGGGGCGAUGGCGGCUUGAUGCGCACGGGGUCGCGAGGCGCAGGGGGUGGCGGCAUUUCGCGACCUGGGGCCAGUCCCGCGACGGCGCUCGGCGCAAAUGGCAGCGCGCACGUGCCCAGCUCGAGCGCGCUGCUCGGUCUGGACGCGUUCGGUGCCUUGUACCCGGCACGGUGCUCUGCUGCAGGGCAGGGCAUUCAGCAAGGCUAUGUCGGAGAGCCGUCUGUCUUUACAAUCACCGCGCGCGACGCCAACGGCUACGUUCGCGUCGGCCGCAGCGAUCCGUUCGUGAUCAAGGUCAACGGUCCGUACGGCUCUCGGCCGCCAGAACCGCGCAUCAAGAACAACUGCGACGGCACCUAUCUCGUCACCUAUGUGUGUGAGGAAGAGGGCGAUUACGUGGUUGCAGUCACUGUCGACGGGCAGCACAUUGUGGACAGCCCCUUCUACGCACCGCACGACUACCGAAUCAACACUGGUCAGGCGGUUCCGACCAACGCGCCUCCCGCUUCCGUCCCGUCUGCUUCACCAUCCACAAACUCGUCAGUGUCGAACACGGACUCUCGUCGAUCUCGCGGGUCGGGGUCAUUCUCGAGCACUCCGGCGACACUCAACCGCGAGAGUCACGCACAUUCGAGUUCGAGCAGUCUGUCUUCCAGCGAAGACGAUUCUCGUCGACGACCGAGUGGCGACAAUGCAGCAGCGGCUGUUCAGAAGGACUUUUUGGACUUUUUGUCCAAGUAG